CUGUUAGGAAAUACGCACGCUUCCCCUGGAUUUUUCUUUGGAUUACUCCCCGUCAGAUUUCUCUCCAAGGGAAACUAAACAGACUUCUGUUUUCAAAAUAAUUUGAGGACGUUCGUCAAUACAGUCUUUUACACAGGUCUCAAUGAACAUCAAGUCGUCCGGCAGAGUCUGAUCCAGCUAGAGGAUGGCCAUCCACGCAGAAGGACUGGUGGCAAUUGUUAUCUUCUAUCUGCUGAUCCUGGCUGUAGGGAUAUGGGCAGCGUGGAAAAACAAAAAUGCCGGCGGGGAAGGUGUAGACCAAAGCGAGACUAUAAUGGUCGGUGGAAGGGACAUUGGAUUGUUUGUUGGUGGAUUCACCAUGACUGCAACCUGGGUCGGAGGAGGCUAUAUCAAUGGUACCGCUGAAUAUGUGUAUUUGCCUGGAUUUGGACUGGCCUGGGCACAGGCGCCGUUUGGAUAUGCACUCAGCUUGGUUGUAGGUGGCCUAUUCUUUGCCAAGCCCAUGCGUUCCAGAGGAUAUGUGACUAUGCUGGAUCCCUUUCAGCAGAUCUAUGGGAAAAGAAUGGGUGGACUGCUCUUUAUUCCCGCUCUCAUGGGAGAGAUUUUCUGGUCAGCCGCCAUUCUCUCAGCUCUGGGAGCCACACUGAGUGUAAUCGUAGAUAUCAACAUCAAUAUGUCUGUCAUGAUCUCAGCACUCAUUGCAAUCUUCUACACUUUGGUUGGAGGACUGUAUUCUGUGGCGUACACAGAUGUUGUUCAGCUCUUUUGUAUAUUUGUUGGCUUGUGGAUCAGUGUGCCUUUUGCUCUCUCAAAUCCUGCUGUGUCAAGCAUUGCUGUCACUGCGGUUGAGAAAGUUCACCAAGAACCAUGGCUUGGCAGCAUUAAACCCUCUGAAGGGUGGAUGUGGAUGGACAACUUUUGCCUUUUGAUGUUGGGGGGUAUUCCUUGGCAGGUGUAUUUUCAGCGGGUUCUCUCUGCCUCCUCAGCUACCUAUGCCCAAGUCCUUUCAUUCCUUGCUGCCUUUGGCUGCAUUGUUAUGGCCAUACCCUCAGUUCUAAUUGGAGCAAUAGGGGCCUCCACAGAUUGGAACCAGACUGCAUAUGGCUCUGUCUCCCCCAAGGAUAAUGAGCAGUCAGACAUGAUCCUGCCUAUCGUGCUCCAGUAUCUGUGCCCCCCCUACAUAUCCUUCUUCGGCUUAGGGGCAGUGUCAGCAGCCGUGAUGUCUUCAGCUGACUCUUCCAUUCUUUCAGCUAGUUCCAUGUUUGCCCGAAACAUCUACCAGCUUGCUUUUCGCCAAUCGGCUUCAGACCGUGAGAUCAUCUGGGUGAUGAGGAUCACCAUCUUUGUCUUUGGAGCUUUAGCAACAGCAAUGGCCCUGCUUACCGGCACAGUGUACGGCUUAUGGUACCUGAGCUCGGACCUGGUCUACGUGAUCAUCUUCCCUCAGCUCCUCAGUGUGCUGUUUGUGAAAGGCACUAACACAUAUGGCUCUGUGGCUGGUUACAUCUUUGGCCUUGUGCUGCGCAUUGGAGGUGGAGAGCCAUACCUUAAGCUCCCCCCUUUCAUCUGUUAUCCAGGCUGCUUCGUAGAGCAGAAGACACACCGGCUUACCAUGGAGGUUGAAUAUAUCACCGUUCAAAAAUUUCCCUUCAAGACUGUGUCAAUGGUCGCUUCCUUCUUGGGUAAUGUGGCUUUCUCAUACCUCGCCAAGUAUCUCUUCGAAAGUGGGACACUGUCACCAAAGUAUGACUUCUUGGAUGGUGUCCUCUCAAAGCACAGCACAGAGAUCAUGGAUAAAACUACUCUGGUGGGCAAUGACAAUAUCAUCCUGUCAGAGAUGGCCCCAGUCAAGCCCCGUCUCAGCAUGUCAUUGGCGGGAACAUUCACGAACAAAGAGGCUCUCAGUGAUGAUGGAGACUCCAGCCCAGAAUCCAACAAUGAACAUGACUAAAAAAUUCCCUUUGGCUGUGAGCUCCACUCAAGCAGCACUACAUUAGCUGUCCUGUGUUGACUUUAUAUUUUUUGUGCAUAGAUGUUGUGCCAUUUUUUGUUGUUGUUGCUGUAGCUGCUUAUUUCCACAUGCUCUUUUCUAAUAAGUGAGAUGUAAGAAGAAACCUUGCCACAGGAAGAUAAUAUAAAGGAAUGAAAACAAUGUUUAACAAAGUGGGAAUUCAUCUGCUUUCAUGUGAGAUCCACUUUUGGGUAUGUACAAUUCCUUUUUCAUGUUUGUCUCAUUUGGCUUAGUAUUGUCCUACUAGAUGGAGCAAUAAUAUUUUGAUAGCGAUUAUAUUGUA